UAGGAUUCUGUAAGCCCGGAACUGUAAUGGCGGAUACAAAGAAGCCGAGUGUUGCAGCUGCUGCUAAUGCUAAUACCACUUAUGAAUCCUGUAAAAUGUCCAGCUACAAAGACUGUGUCUGUGCUGUUCUGGAGCUUUUAGCGGAUUGUGGAAAAACGCUCAAAUUUGGUGAUGCCACAUUGAAAAUAGAAGUCAACAUCGAUGCUGUGGAUCUGUCAUCAUCUCCAGCUUCUCAUGUUUACAGCUGUUUACAACAGCACAUCUGUAAAUUACAGGCUGUUUCACACAACCUGAAGACUCUGCUAGACGGUGACGGUGAGUUAUCAUCUGCAGAGGCGAAUAUGCCUGGUGAUACUGCUGCUUCAUCGCCACUCACAGAGCAGGCGGCUGCUCCGUCUGACAACUGUCCUCCAGCCUCAGGACCUGAAGAACAUAAGAAGGCUGAUGACAUGGUGCAGAUCAGAGCUGGGCGGUCAGAGAUUGAGAGAAGAAUAUCUGCAUUUAUGGAGCGCAAGCAGAUGGAGAUCAAUGAAAACAAUGUACGCGAGUUUUGCAACGUGAUCGACUGCAAUCAGGAGAACAGCUGUGCCCGAACAGAUGCAGUGUUCACACCGUACCCAGGUUUUAAAAGCCAUGUGAAAGUCACACGAGUGGUAAAUACUUACGGGCCACAGACUCAUGGUGGGGGAGGCCACGGUGACAAUGGAGAGCAGCACAGAGGAACAAUGCCCAGAGACUGUGGAAAUUCAGCCAUCGAAGAACGACUGCAGAAUAUUGAGACUCACCUAAAGCUGCCAACAGUGGGUCCUGUACCGCUGAGCGUUUACCAGAGGCUGAAAAGGCUGGAAGAUCGUAUUCUGGAGUUGGAGGGACUCUCGCCUGAAUAUUUUGAGUCCACGCGUCACCUGCACAAACGGACAAAGACGUCCUCUGGUCAGGCGUGCAGCCUGAUGGAGCUCGAUGAGAAGAUCAGCGCAGUAAAAGCGGCCUUACUGAAGCGGGUGAACGAGUUUGGGCCCGGAUACGUAACGUAACACUGUGACUCUCACUGUUGUCCUGUUUCUGUUCCUCGGCUGUUCAUUAACACAACACGAGAGUAAGAACAUAUGAAAAAAUGUGACGUGCGCUCCGGGUCAGAAUUUGUGUCAGCCUUGACACUGACAUUUAAAAUUUAAAAUUUGUUCAGAAAUAAAUAAAAAUGUACCUGUUUUGUGUAUUCACACAAUAUUUAAUAAAAAU